CCAGACUGGAAGGGGCUCCUGGAAACAGGCGGCGUGGAACUGAUGGAGUGACACAAAUGGCCAGUGGAGUCGGAGCUGGGUUGCUGCUCGAGUUGAGGCUGUUUUCCUUUGGCAUCUGAAUUGCUUCAAAAUAAAAUCAUUUUCUCAAACGUAAGUUUUUGAAAGAAACAAAACUUCUGCUGUACUGAAUGCCGUAGAACAAAUUCUUGUGCCGGAGUGAAAGAAGUAGUUUGAAGAGAUGGGAAGAGCAAAGGAAAGUAUGGCUGUGUGUAAUUGUUUCCAUCUGGAUUUAUGCAAACUUGCGAGCUCUCGGUGGCUGCUUGUGCUCCAUUUGUUCCUGCAAAGUUUGGGACCCGUGCGGCCACAGGGGCAGUACAAUGGCGAAAGAGGCAUCUCGAUCCCCGACCACGGCUUCUGCCAGCCGAUCUCGAUCCCUCUGUGCACGGACAUCGCCUACAACCAAACCAUCAUGCCGAACUUGUUGGGGCACACCAAUCAGGAAGACGCCGGCCUGGAAGUUCACCAGUUUUAUCCGCUGGUGAAAGUGCAGUGUUCGCCCGAGCUGAAGUUUUUCCUCUGCUCCAUGUACGCGCCGGUGUGCACCGUGCUGGAGCAGGCGAUCCCCCCGUGCCGAUCGCUGUGCGAGAGGGCCAGGCAGGGAUGCGAAGCGCUCAUGAACAAAUUCGGUUUCCAGUGGCCUGAGAGUCUCCGAUGCGAAAACUUUCCAAUCCACGGAUCUAUCGACCUGUGCGUUGGGCAGAACAAAACAGAGAAGGGCAGCCCUACCUUAGAUCCCACACAAUCUUUACCUGACGUUGGCACCAUUCGCCCUAGGGAGUACCCGAGUCGGGACCAGUUUAUUUGCCCCCGGGUAUUGAAAGUACCCACUUACCUGAACUACCAUUUUCUGGGGGAGAAGGACUGCGGCGCUCCCUGCGAGUCCUCUAGAACUAACGGGCUGAUGUAUUUCAGCCAAGAGGAGCUGAAGUUUGCCAGGAUCUGGAUCGGCAUUUGGUCGGUGCUGUGCUGCGCUUCCACUUUAUUCACGGUGCUCACCUACCUGGUGGACAUGCAGAGGUUCAGCUACCCUGAGCGUCCCAUCAUUUUCCUGUCGGGCUGCUACACAAUGGUGGCCAUCGCCUACAUCGGCGGCUUUCUGCUGGAGGAAAAAGUGGUGUGCAACGAGAAGUUUGCCGAAGACGGCUACAAAACGGUGGCGCAGGGCACCAAGAAAGAAGGCUGCACCAUUCUCUUCAUGAUGCUGUACUUCUUCAGCAUGGCCAGCUCGAUCUGGUGGGUGAUCUUGUCGCUGACUUGGUUCCUGGCAGCUGGGAUGAAAUGGGGUCACGAAGCCAUCGAGGCCAACUCCCAGUACUUUCACCUGGCCGCCUGGGCAGUGCCGGCCAUCAAGACCAUCACCAUCCUGGCAGUGGGCCAGGUGGACGGAGACGUGUUGAGCGGGGUCUGCUUCGUGGGACUCAACAACGUGGACGCGAUGCGAGGCUUCGUGCUGGCGCCGCUCUUCGUCUACCUGUUCAUCGGCACCUCUUUCCUCUUGGCCGGCUUCGUGUCGCUCUUUCGCAUCCGGACCAUCAUGAAGCACGACGGCACCAAGACCGAGAAGCUGGAGAAACUGAUGGUGCGCAUCGGCAUCUUCAGCGUCCUCUACACCGUGCCGGCGACCAUCGUCAUCGCCUGCUACUUCUACGAGCAAGCCUUCAGGGAGCAAUGGGAGAGGAGCUGGGUCAACCAGGCCUGCAAGAGUUACGCCAUCCCUUGCCCUCGGAACCAGCAGCCGCCCAUGACGCCAGAUUUCACCGUCUACAUGAUCAAAUAUCUCAUGACACUUAUAGUGGGCAUCACCUCCGGCUUUUGGAUCUGGUCUGGUAAGACUUUACAUUCGUGGCGCAAGUUCUACACUAGACUCACAAACAGUAAGCACGGAGAGACGACGGUGUGAGUGGGAGACGCUCUUCCCUCUGCAUUUUCCUUCCCGAAAAGGGAGGCGCGAAACACGCAUACCACACACACACACACAGAGUGAAGCCCGAGUUUUCGGAUGUGACAGACUCUAUUUCAAAUACUGUAUGUUGUUGUAAAUAGCAUCUGUAAAUGUUUUUUUGUAAUUAUAUAUUUGUAUUUAAAAUAUCACCUCCAGAGGUGUUAUCUUGUUUCCCCAAUUUGUGGAGUUUUUUUUUGUUUUGUCUGAGGGGAGGUUGGGGAGGGGAGGAGGGGGGAGAAGUGCUCGGAAAUCGUCGUAACUCAACUUGUAGUCGGACGCUGAACCUGUAAAAAUGAGUCAGACUUGAAAGUUGAUCCUGGUGCCUGCCAACUCGCAUGUCUGAAUGUUGAACCUUUCGAGAGAUAAAUUGGACCUGGAGGCAAUUAGUCUUACCCCGGAAUGAAAGACUUCCCUUGGGUCCUAACGCUAACCAAGUUAUCGCUGUUAUUCUUUACACAACCUAGAAUAAUUAGAAAUUCGAGAGUGUGAGAGAGAAAGUAAGUUCAGUAAAAAAAAAGACGAAGUAAUGGCUUGGAAUUGGAAUUUACCUUUGGACACCCGGAUUACAAUAUAACAUUUCUUCCCCAACAAUAAAACCGAGACAUUAUGAUUGCUUUAUUCUUGCGUACUGAACUACCCAAAGUAAACAUCCUAAAAUACUGGCUGAAAACAUGAAGGGUACAAGAACACUUUGUUUUACAGCUUUUUAAAUUAGUUGCCAUAAUCGUAGACAAUAGCAUUUUUAUUGGCUGGUAUAUUAAGAGGGGGGAAAUCUCCCAGUGUUACGCUGAUUUGGUCCUAUUGAAAGAUCAUUCUCAGUUUGCUUUUAUUAUGAUUUGGUAUUGCUUUAACAUUUUGUUAGAAAGACAACAAAUACUGCUUUUCUAUAGCAAUGCGUAAAGAGAUUGUUCAAAAGUCUGAAACCAGGUGGAAAAGUUUGUUCUCAACAGAUAGUGAACAGCUGAACAAGCAAACGUUAACACUUCUUGGUAGUCUUUUUUUGUUUUUUUUGGCGAACAGGAGAAUGUUGAACUUCAGAAGCAUGUGGACUGAACAGAGUUUGAGCUGAGGGUAAUGUUCGGACCCAUAGGUAGUCGUUGGUGUGGGGUAGAGCAGAAUAUGGUUCAGUCAGUGUUUUAUUAGAACUAUAAAAAUCCAUUCUACUUCCAAGUGAGUGGACCUGAAAACAAAUUAUCUGUAGAAAUAUUGUGUAGUACCAAACCCAGCAUGUUUAAUCUGCUGAUUGAAAUGUGGAUUAUUUCUGUCAGAAAAUUGCAAACACUUUUUUUUCCAUUGUACUAUAUUACAAGCAUUUUAGUACAAACAUUUUAAAGGCACCAUAACUGCACACAGGCAUUUUUUUAUUGUGUACUGUAUUUUCAAAUAAUUUGCAUGAUUGUUAUCAAAUAAUUGUUAGGAGUCUGUAGCCAUAACGACGUACAAGCCUGUACUCAUGGUUCAAAUUCAUUAUUGGCUUAAGUCCCUGAUGAGCAAAAAAAAUGUCUGAACUUGGUAUUCAUUUAUUCUUGUUCACCAUUACAGAAUCCUUUAUAUUUAUAGAGUAAUAGAAAGUUUAUAUAUUCCAUAUUUUUAAUUUCUCUGAAAUAAAACUUCCAACUUUUUGUACAAAA